CCCACCCUGUGUGUCUUUACUAUCGGCAUCAUGGGCUCCAUCUGCACACUCGGGACCAGAUCGGGAAGGUGCCAUGACCCACACCCUCAGGGUCCUGCUCUGCCUCGGGCUGAGUGUGGGCCUCAGGACCCCAGUGCAGGCAGGGCCCCUCUCCAAGCCCACCUUCUGGGCUGAACCAGGCCCUGUGAUCUCCUGGGGGAACCCCGUGACCAUCUGGUGUCAAGGAACCCCAGGGGCUAAGAAGUACCGUCUGUAUAAAGAGGGAAGCUCAGCACCAUGGAAAACACAGAAGCCACUGGAGCCUGGGGACAAGAUCAAGUUCUCCAUCACAAACAUGACAGAGCGCAAUGCAGGGAGAUAUCUCUGUUUCUAUCACAGCCCCACUGGCUGGUCAGAUCCCAGUGACCCCCUAGAGCUGAUGGUGGUGACAGGAUCCUACAGCAAACCCAGCCUCUCAGCCCUGCCCAGCCCUGUCGUGCCCUCAGGAAGGAACGCGACCCUCCAGUGUGGCUCAGUGGAGGGGUUUGACAGGUUCAUUCUGACUAAGGAAGGAGAUCACAGGCUCUCUUGGACACAGGACGCACAGCCACAGCCCAAUGGGCAGUUCCAGGCCCUGUUCCCUGUUGGCCCCAUGAACUUUGGCUACAGGUGGAAGUUCAGAUGCUAUGGCUAUUACAGGAACAGACCCCAGGUGUGGUCACCACCCAGUAACCAGAUCUCAGGUAAGGAGCCCAGUCCUGUCCCCUCCUUGUCCCUGUGUUUGGUUAAGGAUCCUUCCCAGGAUGACCCCAAUGCAGGACCUCAAUGA